GUGGAAAUAGGGGAAGGGGUCAGAUUUAUCCUGAUGGUAGCAAAAGUAACAAUACAGUUUAUAAUGCUACGGCAGGAGGGAUAAUAAGCAAAAUUUUACGAAAAGAAAAAGGGGGAUACGAAAUAACCAUAGUGGAUGCAUCGAAUGAACGCCAAGUAAUUGAUAUUAUCCCUCGCGGCCUAGAACUUCUUGUUUCAGAGGGCGAAUCCAUUAAACUCGAUCAACCAUUAACGAGUAAUCCUAAUGUGGGUGGAUUUGGUCAAGGGGAUGCGGAAAUA